AUGGUCCUGUAUUCAAUAUAUGAUGGGCGUCCUAAUGUGCUUGGAGAGUCGCUCAUCAGCCUUCUACCUCCUGAAGGUGAAAAUAUUGAACUAAACAAAGCCUAUUGUGUUGAUCUCAAAAACUGGACGAUUGAUCGCCAUACUUUCGUGGCAUCCUAUAUAGCUCGUAUGGUGGGUGCACCGUUUCUCAUGUCAUCACUGUCAUUACAUUCAAACGACAGCGGCAAACAAGUUCUGGAAAUUGGACUUGGCGGUGGAACUUUCGACAUGGGUCUACAUGCACUGAAACCUUACGUGAACAUCACUGCUGUUGAUAUCGACGACGUAGUGAUGAACGUUGCAACCAAAUGGUUCGGUGUUGUGGAUUCGAAAUAUCAUCAUUCUCUUAUCCAAGAUGGCGUAGAGUUCGUUGAGAACGCCAUUAAAGAAGGCAGAAAAUUCGACGUUGUGGCGAUCGACGCAUGCGACAACUACCCACACAUGCCUUGCCCUGCGGAACCGUUUCGAAGUGGAAAGUUCUUAGAAAAGUUAAGGGAAGUGAUGACAGAUAAAGGCACGCUAAUUGUCAAUUUACUCACUACGCCAGGACUGAGCAAAUCUGAGUGGAAUGAGGUGAGCACUCUGUAA